AUGAACCUGCGCAGACUGGAAUGGAUGGCCCAUCUACUGUUGGCUGGGCUUUUGCAAGGUGAGAAGAUAUUUUUUCUUAUUAGUUUUCGUUCUUUACAUCUUCUUUUUGUCUCUUAAAAGUCUCAGACUUCAAUGUCUAGCGACUCUUUUUUGUCUUUUACUGAAACUAUGGGGUUUUAACUGCAUGAAAAAGAUCUGUCGGGAAAAUAAUGAGCACUCUGUCGCAUUGAAAAUCGCAUCGCCGCCGAGAAAAUUAACUGUGUCGUGGCAAAAUGAAAUUAACUUUCAUCUGUGACACGAUCGGCGCAGCGACAUUGCACUCAUUAUUUUCCCGACAGGUUGAUAGAAAAAAUUCUAACUUUUGCUAAUUUUGGUCGAAUUUAGCGAGUGCUCACUAUUUUCCCGACAGAAUGAUAAAACUUUGCACAUGUGCCUAGUAAACCUAAGGCCUAAAAUUUCAUACGUAGUGUUGUAAGAGUGCUUCCUAUAAGCCCAUCCGCCCUUUCCAGCCAUUGCACCGAAAAUAGCCGCAGGCUCAAUUAAGGAAAUGAGUUCCGAAAAAGAUGACCGGGAAAUGAUACUACGCUUAGAGCGAAGUUCAAAAAUAAAGACGAGCUAGCAAAUAUAGUUUUGAAACCUUCUGCGAAAAGUUGUGCAAAAUUCUACGCACGUCAACCCAGCGCAGUUGAAGCUAUUUCCUGCCCAAGAUUUAAUCAGUGUGGCAUUUCGUUACAAAUAGAAUCUUGGAGAAGAUCUUUGGCUGUUUUUUCGUGGCUGGCCGGGACAAAACUUUGCUUUCUGGUCGGAAAAUAACGUUUAAAAAUUUUCAUGGUUUUUUAUGACCAAUUUUGUUUUCCAAAAAUUCGUUUGAAAGAAUUUUGAUAUCUAAAAUCUUUUGGUCAAUCGAUAGUGCGUGGACGAAACAUCUAAUUGGUUCAGGGAAUGCGCUGGAUUGACGUGCUGCGGACUUUAUGGCCCGAGUGUUAGACUCUCGCCUCAAAAGUCGUUGAAUUUCUCAACUGCGGGAUGGAUCGCUGGCUAAAUUAGUCGGAAAUUGACUAGUGACUUACUUAGAACGUCUCGUAAAAUUUUAAAAAAAAUCAAAUUUUAGUGCCUCCGGCAGAUUUUUUGAAAUAUUUUUAAAACCGAUUUUUCCAACAUGAUUGAAUUCAAAUUUUUUCCCUCAUAAAUCACUAAAAUUUUCCAUUCAUUUUCGUCCCAUUAUCCCCCUCUCGGCACCUUUUCAUCAUUUGCACUUCCAUCCCCGCUCCUGAAUGGGUCCCCAAAAACCGAAGACGAAAAGAAAAGCAGGUAUGAAAAGCGAAAAAAAAUAUCCCGGAAGGACCAUUUACUCCCAUUUUUGCAAAAUGAUCGCUCAAACAACAACCACUGCUGCUAUAACAAAUCUAUUUUGGCCGGCAUUACCGCAAAAAACAACGUCUCAACUGCCGGAGGCGUGGUCUGAGAGGGAAGAGACGCGUUCCAUGGACUCAUCACUUUUUUUCAAGACGAGCCCCGAAACUUUAGACUUCUUGGGCCAUAAGACACUUGGCGAAAAAUGUUAUGAACAGUGUUUAAUAAUGUUUCGGACGGGUUGUUGUUCUGUUUGACAUGCGUUUGCGGUUAUUGCGGGGGCAUUUUUUAUUCGAAUUUUGCGAAGUUUGUUGGAAAAAAUUCAAGUUAUCAGUCUGUCGGGAAAAUAAUGAGUGCAAAGCCGCUGCGCCAAUCGUGUCGCUGAAGUGAAAAGCAAUUGAUUUUGCCACGACACACUUCAUUUUCUCGGCGGCGAUGCGAUUUUUGAUGCGAUAGAGUGCUCAUUAUUUUCCCGACAAACUCACAAUAGAACUUCUUUAUAGCCAACUUAAAUAGAAUGAAGCCUGUAGCCUGUCUAUAGCGAACAAUUUUAGACGUCCUAAGGGCGAAUUUUAGGACAAAAUGAACCUCUGUACCACGAAGACCUUCUAUAGUGAAUUUUUUUUUGGUUUCUUGAAAUUUAUUGCACAUAGGUAUGUCUAUAUUGGAUUACAUAUUAUACAUAUCUGAUAUGCUGUUUGGCAAUCUAUUAUAGAAAAUCUCAGUCUGUCGGGAAAAUAAUGAGCACUCUGUCGCAUCGAAAAUCGCAUUGCCGUCGAGAAAAUGAAUUGUAUCGCGACAAAAUCAAAUUGCUUUUCACGUCAGCGACGUGAUAGGCCAGCCACACUGCGCUCAUUAUUUCCCCGGCAGUCUGAUAUGUAUUCACAAUGCCUGUGGCGUCAGGAGGAUAUAAAUAGAGCCCUCUUGACCUGCACAAAACUUGUUUUGGGAGCCGUCAAUAAACUUCCUUCCCUCAUCAAAAAUUUAUUUCCAAAACUUUCCGCGCUCCUAAAAAAGUGCAGGAAAAGGUCAAAAACGUUGCGCGUGACAUUUUAAUCCAGCUGCACUGUUAAUUUUUGAUUUGCCAAAUGGAAUGAAACCACUUUUUUACGGUCAUAUUUGUUGAAUAUGACCGUAUUUUUUGACUAAACCUUUCUAUAACGAACAAAUUUAUUUCAUUAGCCGUUUAUGAUUUUUUGCAAAAAUUAUUGAUUAUAUUUGCCCUUUCCGUGGUCUGUAUGUAUAAAGCAAACGCUCGCUAACUCAAUUACCUCAAUUUUUUAGCCUAUCCACCUCAAACCACCACACAUUCUAAAAGGGUUUCUGCAAAUUAAGUUUGUUCGCUUUCGACUUGUUUACAUGUGCAAACAACGAAAAAAUUGCUCCUAUCGGUCUAGAUUCGUUGUAAUCCGGUCUGAAACAUAUUCCUUAUAAAUUGUUGCAAUUUCUCUUACACUACUUUUAUUACUGGUCGUAAAAUCGGGAGAACGGCCGAAAACGAAACAGUAGUUUUAUUUCCAGGAAAAAAUUGGCCAAAAAAUUAUUUUACAGCUUAUUACACUAUGUAAAAAGGUCUGUUUUAUCACACUUUUUUCCUCAAAAUUUGGUUGAGAGUACUGUAAAAAAAUAGUACCAGUUAUUAAGGUCUCUAAAAUCAGCUAAAUUCUUAUUCCAAUGGGCUAAUUGUACAAAACAUCUCGUCUUUUUCGUAUACUACUUGGUAUACGAUUAGAUUCUACAUAGUUUUUGUCCAUUAUAUCACUCAAAAUCUUGCCAAAAAGUCUAAAAAUGUCUUUGAAACCAUGUUUUCUAAUAUUCAUCUACAUCUACUGGCCAUUCAAACUGGUCUCGGCUCACGACUACCUCUCCUACAAUGAAUAUUUAGCCCUAAAUCGAGUGGAUGCCAGCUCCGAUCAACUGAAACUCAUCCAAGAUUUACUGGAUAGCUAUGACAAUAAAGCUAAGCCAACAUGGGAUGCGUUUCGGCCAAUCAACGUCACAUUCAGCAUGGAUCUAUAUCAAUUGUUGGAAUUGGUAAGAGUUUUUGAAAAGUUAAAUUUGGGUUUUUGGAUUUAUCAUCGUGCAAUGCGGUUUUGACCCUAUUUUUUGGAUUGCACCGUGCAAGGAAAAUUUUGCCUAUUUUUUUGAAUUGCACUGUGCAUAGUCAUUUUUGGCCUAUUUUCCUGACUGCACUGUGCAAGAAAUUUUUUAGCCUAUGUUUUCGAUUGCACCGUGCAUGACCAAUUUUAGGCCAAUCUUUGAACCGCACUGUGCAAAGAAAUUUUGAGCUCAUUGUCUUUUUUCGACCGCACUGUGCAUAGUCAUUUUUGGCCUCUUUUUCUGGACCGCACCGUGCAAUGAAAUUUUUAGCCUAUUUUUUGGAUUGCACUGUGCAAUGAAAUUUUUAGCCUAUUUUUUGGAUUGCACUGUGCAAUGAAAUUUUUAGCCUAUUUUUUGGAUUGCACCGUGCAAUGAAAUUUUUAGCCUAUUUUUUGGAUUGCACUGUGCAAUGAAAUUUUUAGCCUAUUUUUUGGAUUGCACUGUGCAACGAAAUUUUUAGCCUAUUUUUGGAUUGCACUGUGCAUAGUUAUUUUUUGGCCUAUUUUUCCGAUCGCACUGUCCAUAGCCAUUUUUAGCCUAUUUUUUGAAUUUUACAGUGCAAAAAAAAUUUUAGUUUUUUUUUUUGAAUCGCACUGUGCGGUCCUAAAAAUCGUUUGGAAUUUUUUUCUCACAAUCAUAGAUGAAAAAUCUCACCAAUACUUUCUUACGUAAGUAUUUUUCUUGGGUGACGAAAUUUUUUUCAUGGCCAGACAAUUAUAGUAUCGAAAAAGGUAAAAACCGGAAAUCUCCGUGAAAAAAACCGCCUAAAAUCUGUUUCCUCAACACUUUCGGAGCGACAAAAAGCGCCUUGCUUUCGGUUCCCCAAGAUUUGAUCUAUAUUUUAGGGUCUAGACCAAUUUGGCCCCGGAAGUUUCUAAGGAAACAUGGAAGAACAUGAAAAACAGAAAAAAUAUAAAGGAAACAACAUUUAGGGGUUAAAAUUUUGACAAAAUUUUUCGCCGACAAAAUUUACAGGGAAAUUUGAGGAAAUUUUUGGUGUUCAAUCCAGAAUAUUCGCUAAAAUUUUUUCGAGUUUCUACACUUUUUUCGCCUUUCUAUGCCCUUUCCCCUUUUUACGAUACUUUGGGGAGGUAUAUGGAGCCCAAAAGUGAGGGAAUUUUUUUUGUCUUGACCGGAAUUUAAAUUGCCUUAGGAUGCAAAAAGGUUGCUGCCCUUUGACCCGAACCAGCUGACCUCUGAACCAAGAUAUACGCCAUGUACAUGAUAGUUACUUACGAGAAGUGGAAUAGUCCAAGAAAAACGUGCUUAAUGAUAUUUUCAAACAAAGAACGAUAGCCUAAUGGACUAUUUUCGUUUCUUUUUCUUAAUUGUUUUCUGCGAAGCCAUAUAAAACUUGGAGGAGGCAACAAAAAUUGGAGUGAGGACAAUGGGAAAUAAUGUGGGCAAAAACAAAAAAAAAGUUGACUCUUGUUUUCACAAUGCAUUGAGUACAGUAGAACGCUUGUAUGUACAACAAUUUGCAAGGGAAUACAAAAAAUAUGUGAAAAUACAAAAACAACUAUGGGUUUUAUUGUAAGGAAGUUCCUUUUAAAACAGGUUUCGUGAAAAAGUCGUAAAGUUGUGCACAAAAAAACAAGAUGUUACAGUAAAGACGUGAUGUACCUACAAUAGUUAGUUAGUUACUCGUGUAUUAAAAUGGGCAGGCCUAAUUUUUAAUUUUUGGCUUACUGUAGCUAUACUGUACCUCAAAAUGUAUUAAAGCGAUCUUUUCUCCUCAAAGGAAACAAUCGUUUUGCCUAUGUCAAACUUUUUGAUAUCAAAUUACAGGUCUUCUUGAUCUCAUUUUUUGACGGUUCUUGUCAGCAGACCGGAAUUGAAAAAGAAUAAGAGUACAUAAAAUAUAUAUAGCAUAUGCCAACGAAUUUCAAGGGUAUUUUUUACAUAGUACAGUGCAGUGAGAGUGUUUCAACCAAAGACGUAAUAAGCGAGUGACACUUCCAAAAUUACCCUAAUAAACCACAGGAGAUGUUAUAGUAAACAAAUCACUUUCAGAAUGAGCCACAACAAUACAUUCUACUCAACGCUUGGAUCAUUGAGGUGCGUUACAACCCUAUCCAUCAGUCUGUCGGGAAAAUAAUGAGCACAUUGUCGCGGCAAAGUUAGCGACAUUGUGCUCACUAUUUUGAUAAACUCUACUCAUAUUCUUCCUCAAAAUAAACUAUUUUUUUAGCGUUGGAACGACGAAUUCCUCUACUGGAAUCCGAUGGAUUACGGUAAUAUUACCGAAGUCCGACUGCCUCAUCACUGCAUAUGGCUUCCCGAUACCACUUUAUACAACUCCUUGGUGAUGAAGGACGACGAUACGAGACGCUUGCUCAACGCAAAACUCACAACGAACAGCACGCGGAGAGCGGCGCUAAUCGAACUGCUCUACCCCACCAUCUACAAGUUCAGCUGUUUGCUGAACUUGAGAUAUUUUCCGUUCGAUUUGCAGGUCUGCACGAUGACGUUCAGCAGCUGGACAUACGAUCAAAAAGGAAUCGAUUAUAGGGCGUAUUCCGAGGAGAUCGGAACCUCCAAUUUUAUCGAAAAUGAAGGAUGGUAUCUCUUCAAAACUUCGAGUAAGAGUUAGAAGGAAAUAGCUUGAAAAACGAUAGCUACAGUGGCGGACCUGAUCCAGUGGCAAAAAACGUAACAUUUUGCAUCCGGGAAGUAUCAAAAAUGUGGCAAAACUCUCCAAGUGAAAAAACUCCGAUUUCAAAAGCGCGCCCGCUCUUUUUGUGAGGGAAAUGGCGCGCCCUGCAAAACGAAGUUUUUUUCACUUGGAGAGGGAAGCAUUUUACCACAUUUUUGAUGCGUCCCGAAUGCAAAAUGGUAGGUUUUUUGCGGCUGGAUCGGAUCCUUCACUGUAGAUUUUGAUGGAAAUUAGAACAACUUUAGCUCAGAUUUUUCUAUGAAACAUGCGAUAUUUUCGGCGUGCAUUUUAUAGAAACCACCGGGAUUUUUAGGCUAAAAGAUAUCAAAAAUUGAAGAGUUUUUUUUUUUGUAAAAUUAAUGCCACAAAUCUCAUGUUUAUGCAACUUUCAAAUGUUUCAGUAAAACGAGACGAAGUUAAGUACAGUUGCUGCCCCAACAACUACACACUACUUCGGCUGACGCUGUUUUUACGGAGAAAGCCACUUUUCUACUUGGUCAAUCUAAUCAUACCAACCGCCAUUAUAACUCUUAUCGCUAUUGUUGGGUUCUUCACGUAAGUUCAGGGAAUUUGACUAUAAUUUCUUAGAAAUCCCAUAUCAAUAACAUUUUUCACUUUUUUUAAAUUUUUCAGAACUUCAUCAGCCAGCGGCAUGCGCGAGGAAAAAGUGUCAUUGGGUAUUACUACAGUAAGUUUUGGGUUAAUUUUACGGGUUAAAAAAUCUGUGCAUCGCACUUGGAAGCCUUCCCUUGUUAAUUUUUGGAUUCAUCUGGCAAUUUCCCCAAUUUUAUUCCAUCAAAAAGCAAAAAAGAAAAAAAUCUUUGCCUCAAAAAGUGGUAAACAACAAAAAAGUUAAAAGUUCAUUCCGCAAACAUGUCACCAAACAAUUUUUUGCAGCUCCUCUCCAUGUCAAUUUUGAUGCUGAUGGUGUCCGACCAAAUGCCGACCACUUCAACAUUCAUCCCAUUAAUCGGUAAGGGCCCACUUUUUACGGCUUUUUUUCCAACUUCGUUGUUAAUGAGAAAUUGCGACAAGUUGUUAACGCAGAGUGCAAUUUUUAUUGGCGUUCGCGGUUUUAAUGAAUUCUGCGAAAUUUUGCAAGAAUAUCCAAACAUCAUCAGUGCAUUGAACGUAUUUUACAAGCUUUUGACCAAAAACCGAACAAGUUUUAAGCGGUACUUUAAUUUUGAUGAGUCUUUGUCAAUUAAAACUCAAUUUCUGAGUCACUGAACCAGCCGCCUGUUAGGCGUGGACAUUCAAAAAAUUCGAUUUUGAGAUUUUUGUUUUAAAAUGACCGGGGGCAUCCUACUAGCAUAUUACCGUAACAUUUUUGCCCGAUUCUUCCGUUAACCUACUGUAAUUUACAAUAGUAUGAUUUUACACUAAUCGGGUAUUACUCAAAAACUACGCAUCGUAACUGGCUGAAAUCGGAACUAUAAAGGUUUUGGCAUCUUGGCAUUACAACGGAUGUCGAAUUUUGGCUAUUACGAUGCGUACUUUUUGAGUAAUACCCGAUUACUGUGAAAUCAUACUAUUGUAAAUUACAGUAGGUUAACGGGAGAAUUGGGCAAAAAUGUUGCGGUAAUAUGGUAGUAGGAUGCCCCCGGUAAUUUUAAAACAAAAAUCUCAAAAUCGAAUUUUUUGAAUGUCCACGGCUGACACAGUGACUCAGGAAUCGUGUUUUAAAAUCUAUAACAACAUCAAAAUGUCCCCAAAAAUCGUCUGAUUCAUCAAAUUCAAGGUUGGUUUAUCUUGGGAAUGAUAAUUGUCAUAUCAUCGGGGACACUGGCCUCUUCUGUCGUCAUUGCCGUACAAAAGAAGGGCCGAAUGGGCGAGCGUUUGAGCUGCCGAGCCGUGAAAAUCACGCGCUUCUUUGGGUACAUCUCCAUCUCGGAUGUUCCACUACAUUUGAGAAAAGGAACUAAAGUAAGUUUACCAUAAAUUCAGAAAGCUAUCUGGUGAAAAUUCCCGAAUCCUCGCUGUAAAUCUGCAAUAUUUUGUUUUAGGAGUACGCGGAAGCCCCUCCAUCCACGGAAGCCUACAAGAAAUCCGUGAAAAUGCAGAAAAAGUUGGACAAGGUCGGUGCGGAGGAGGAUUUGAGGAAAAAGAGCUCGGUCGCCAACUUCUUCCUCCGCCGGAAAGGCGCUCCAAAUGGCAUAUCAACCGACAAAAGUACGGACCCGCUUGUAAAUGCCGCUUUUCGUAAGUGUGUAGCAGUCUUUGUUGCAGAGCCCGCAGCUAAUAUAAACUAGACAACUUCUCACGUAUUUUACAAUUAUAUAAGUACAUUUGCAAAAUCAAAAUACUUUUUGGGAAUUUGUGAUAUUACACCUCCCUAAAACAAUAUUUUCGUCUAAAAAACGUGCCUUGAAAUGAUAUUCAGCACAUCAGUCGACAAACCAUACCCUAUUUGCCCUGUUUUACAAAAUUCAAAGUCUUUUACCCAUUAUCAAGGCAGUUACAAGCCCCAUUUUUGGAUUUUCAAAGGUUAUCCAUGAGCAAAACAAAGUCUUCAUCAAAAAUUAACAUUUUUCCUUCGUAUCUUAUUCCAUACUAGAAAAGUGCGGCUGAAAUUUAGUCAGCAUCCUGUCAUUUUAAAAUUCAAGUCCAUUCCUCUUGCGCCCAAAAGGAUACGAACAGUUUUCAGAUAUUAUUCAUGCCUAAAACAAUAUUUAUCUGAAAAACCCCGAUUUUUCGUAAACUAAGCCCUCAUUUUUGGAAUAUAUCACUCAUAAGGAACUUAUAUACUGGCUUGUCUAAUUUCAAGCCCAUUUCUUCUCUGUCCAGCAAGCUACAGGUGAUUUCCUACCUUGUCAAUGCCAAAAAAGAGGUCUCGGAAAAAAUCGCUCAGAAACUAAAUCUAAACCGAAUAUUUUUCAGAACCAGAAAACGGUAACUCGAACCCGAUCUCCCCACCAGUUAAUGACUCAAACCUGAGUAUUCUAUUCGACGAUUCGGGUAGCCAAGGCGACUCGGAUAUGGCCGAAUCCAAGCCAAACACGGCCAGGUCAAAUCGGAUGGCCAAGGAUCGAAUGCUACAACAUAUCGGGGUGUUCAACGGUGAGUUCAGCCCAAACGCGGUUGCCAAACAUUGAUUCUCUUCAAAGCCGCCAAAAAAAUCGGUUGUUGCAGAAUGCCAAAGUUUUUUGGCGCUUUAAAGUUUUCGUGGUGAGAAUCAUUUUUAUUGCCGAAGGGACUUCAAAUAGCCUAAAAAGACGUUGACUAGGCGUGUAGAAUGUUUUUUUGCUCUCUCAACAUUUGAAACUCGAGAGAUCGGAAUUCCAAAGUGCGUCUAUUCUGAAAUCAAAUCUCAAAAACAACACGGUCACUUCAUUUGGCACAAAUUUGCUGUCAAAUCGUGACAACUGCCCUCAUUCUUUCAUUCAUGUAGAAUUCGAAGCAAGCGCUGCUCCCGAAACAUUUGGUAUUACUUCCGAAAGCCGCUGGAAAAUUUUGUUUCGCAACUCUGAACGGAUGGGGCAAUCGGACGGAAAAUUGGGCCAGAUGGCGGGUGGAUGCGACCAAAUUUGGGAAAAAGUAGGGAGGAAAUUGAAGAUAAUUGAGAAUUAGCGAAGUGACAAUUGGGUUAGGGGCGAAUUUGAAACUUUUUUUUUUGGUCUUGGAACGACAACCCUGAUUUUCAGGGAAGAGUUGUUUUGAGGAAGGAAAGGUGACUUGAUGAUGGAAAAUGCCAUGAAACCUCUCCAAGAGGGGUUUUUAAAAUGUUGAGUAAGAGAAUAUCACACGAAAUUUAAGAUUGUUUUCAAAAUUCAAGGAUAUUUUUGGUCCACCCUUACUUUCUUUCUGUUGCUAUUCGACCACUUUAGCCGCUCUUUUAGAGAGAUUUUAUAACAAGUAUGACAAGAGGUGACCCCUCUAAAUCCAAUAUUUUUCUACGGAAAUUUAUAUUUUUUCGGUUUGAUCCGCCUUUAUCAGUCUGUCGGGAAAAUAAUGGGCACUCUGUCGCAUCCGAAGUCGCAUCGCCGCCGAGAAAAUGAAUUGUGUCGCGGAAAAAUCAAAUUUCUUUUCACUCGCAACGCGUUUGGCGCAGCGACAGUAUGCUCAUUAUUUUCCCGACAGACUAAUAUCUUAUCUCAAACAAAACCUUGUCCUUCCAAGACCCUUUAUAAAUAAGAUGUCCCAAACAGCGGAAGCCAUCCUUCAAAUUCAGUCCAACAUUGUCAAUAUUUACCAAUGGUCCUCAAUUUGCUUUUGCAAAUACAUGUUUAUUCCGGCGAUUAUUCUCGGGGUAUUUUCCCGUCUUAUGCAUAUGCAGUAACUUUGUUUAUGCAUUUGAAAAUACUGCUCUCAAAAAAACAAAAAGAAAUUUUUUUGCUGUAGCUUCCCUUUCUGUCGUAUUUUACAAUUCUUCUUCAGAAAACGUCCGUCUCAGCCGUCAACUGGCCCAGAAGGAGUACGAAUGGUUGGCCACGGUGAUGGAGCGAUGUUUCUUCGGGAUUUUCGUGGUCCUGUUUCUGAUCAUCAGCGUGGGCAUCAACUUGAUCGGCUAUUGGCAUUGGAGUGAUGUGGACAGUAUUGUCAAAGAGCGGCAAAACCUGCUGCCCAAUCCGAUUGCUGCAUAA